AUGUUGCUCGGUCGUGUGGUGCAGCAUCUUCUUUCUUACUCCAGUCAUUCACUGCCAGCCACCGAGAGCAACGAUGCCUUGCAAUUCCCGACAGUAUCAUUCUUGACCUCCUGGCAAGUCCUUGGUCCAUUUCAGAUUGGCACGAGAGAGGCCAUUUGGGGAGCAGAUCCUCUCGAACAACAUGGAGGCUUCCGUGCUCUCGAAUACAACAACGCAACGACCUUUCGAAGUUCUCUGGCUGCCAAUGGUACGAUUCGGUGGUCGAACUUGACCGCCAAAGUCCCCGUUCCGGACAUCUUUCACACGACCGCAGAACUGAACGUCAGCUUUCCCGACAUCGACUGGAAAGCCCUUCGAGAUGUCUAUGGCUGGGCAGCAUACCAAUGGCAGGCCUGGGCGAGAGGCCAAAUCGUCGUUCAAGGAGACGAGACCGAAUACGUGGCACUCUAUACACCCCAAAUCCUCGAGUUCUGGGUUGACGAUGUGCACUACUUUGGCGGCGACUUCUACGACUACAAGCGAGUGCCCAUCACAAUCAGACUAGCCCCUGGCAUUCAUCUUCUCGAUGUGCGGCUUGUCAGAGAUAUUAGGUCCAUGGGCGGUGUAAGUCAUCCAGACAUGCAAAUCAAUCUGGACCUACGCAAGAUAUCCCCAGGAUUGAAGGCAAUCACGCAGACGGAAACAUCAACUGUUCUUCUCUCUGACUUCAUUGGCGAAGGAGCUUCGUUAGCGAGCCCGUAUGCCUCAGUCGUGCUACGAAACGAUGGCCAUCAGGAUGUUGAGAUGACUGGCAUCCACAUCAACCCAAAUAUCGGCCGCGUGGAACUGCUCUCCUCGAGGAUCAGACUCGUUCCUGGCCAGACAAGACCAGUCGCAUUUCGCAUCAAGUGCAUCCCACCAAGCGGCCAAUAUCCAUCGCAGAAGCGCAUCAACAUCGACUUUCAGUAUCGAGUCCAGGGACAUGAUGAAGACACAACGCUCGUAGUAUCUGCAGAACCUCGUAUUGUUCCAGCAGGUAAAGCCCACAAAGUCACCUUUAUGCAUCCUGGUGGUGUUGUGUCUUACGCAAUUCUUCGUCCUCCAUCUCGAAAAGCGAUCCAACCCGCACGAACAAAUCAAACGUUUCCCAUUCUUCUCAACCUCCACGGAGCUGGUGUCGAUGUAGACAGCGAUGUGGUCAGAGAAGUCAUGGAUCCACUGCCCGAUUUACAAGCCUGGGUGCUCUUUCCCACGGGAGGCACAAACUGGAGUGGAGACGAUUGGCAUUCCUGGGGAUUCGCAGACGUCGAAGCGGCCGUAGCGAUGAUUGAAGACCGGAUCGAACGCUUCGACUGGAAAGGCCCAGGCGUUGACGAGAACAAAUGGCUGGUAGCAGGCCAUUCGAACGGCGGUCAGGGCACAUGGUACGCGUUGACGCAUCGUCCUGACAAGAUAUUUGCCGCAGCCCCUAUAAGUGGCUACUCUUCCAUCCAAAAUUACGUACCGUACACCUUCUCGCACGUGGCUGAUCCAGGUCGUACGGCCAUCAAGGAAGCCGCUCUCCUGAGCUAUAAACAUGAGCUUCUACUGUCAAAUGCGAAAGGCAUCCCGGUCCUGCAGCAACACGGCGGGGCCGAUGACAACGUACCGGCCUAUCACUCGAGGCUGAUGAGCCAGCUCAUUCAAGAAGCCGGCGCCGAUAGUCAGUACUUCGAGGUUCCUGGUGAAGGACAUUACUGGGACGGAGUCUACACUACGGAGGCCCUGACCGACUUCUACGAACGCCAGAUCUCUCUCGAAGUCGCCUCCGUCAAAGGCACACCUCUGAAUUUACGCGACUUCUCGCUAGUGGUGGCGAACCCAGGAGAUACUGGCUCAAAGCAUGGAGUUGAAGUCCUUCAACUGGCCACUCCAGGACAACUUGCCCGUAUCGAUGUGGCUUUCGAUCCCUUGACUCUGGCAUGUAUUGUCCGAACGACCAACCUCCGGAUGUUCAGACUGCCGCCAUACUUCAGAGAUUGCAGCUUCGUGCAAGUCGACAACCAAAAGAUGCCCAUCAGUUUCGAGCAAUCCGACGCAUCAAGCACACUCACAAAACAGUCCGAGAAAUGGGAGACCACCCCCCUCAAAACCCACCCCCCAACCCGCCUAGGCCACCAACUCGGCCCCCUAGACUCCAUCCUGCACACCAACGGCCCCUUCCACAUCAUCCCACACACCCCCCAAGCCUCCCCCCUCGCCCUCCAAAUCUCCCGCAACCUCCACCAAUACUUCUCCGCCGACACCUCCCUCACCACAACCUACGCCACCGCCCUCCACAACACAACCGGCAACAUCAUCUCCCUCGCCACAGGCGCCUCUCUCCCCCCUUGUCCCAUAUACAAAGACUUCCCCAUCCAAAUCCGCGCCGGAGGAGACGCCGUCUUCAUCCGCGGCCCGAACAACAUCCCCACGCUCAUCCCCAACAUCGCCGGCUUGGGCCUCGCGGCGGUCUUCCUCCGCCCUCUGCCUGACGAGCGUCUAGAGCUGGUGGUCUGGGGCGCGGAUCUCGAGAGUCUUGCGCUGGCGGCGCGGUUCGUCCCCACGAUGACCGGGACGGGGGUUCCGGAUUUCGUGGUGCUGAAUCGGGAGGUGCUGUGGAAGGGGUUGGAGGGGGUUUUGGCGAUGGGGUUUUUCGAUAGUCAGUGGGACGUUUCGGGGAAGGCGUUUAUUGCUUGA